GUGUUCCUCUGCAUUCUUUGAGGAAGAGAGAUCAGCGUUAAAACAGAAACGGCAGAAAAUAAGACUUUUGCAGCAGCGCAAAGUUGCAGAUAUUUCACAGUUCAAAGAUCUUCCAGAAGAAAUUCCAUUACCGCUUGUAAUAGGAACAAAAGUUACAGCACGUUUGCGAGGAGUCCAUGAUGGACUAUUCACUGGACAAAUAGACGCUGUAGACACUCUUAAUGCUACAUACAGAGUGACUUUUGACAGGGCAGGUCUUGGAACACACACAGUCCCAGAUUAUGAAGUUCUUAGUAACGAGCCUCAUGAAACCAUGCCAAUUGCUGCCUUUGGACAGAAACAACGGCCUUCAAGGUUCUUUAUGACCCCUCCCCGAUUGCCUUAUACAUCUCCACUCCAGUCUUCAAUUACAGACAGUGAUCGUUUAUUAGGACAAUCUUCGUGGAAAACCAAAAUUUCAGGCACAGAUAGUGAAACACUAGGAGGCUUUCCAGUAGAAUUUCUCAUUCAAGUG